AUGGGAAAAAUAUCUGCAUUACAUCGAAACCUUUUGAUUCGAAAUAUGGAGGGGCAUCUCAUUCCUCCUGAUCCAAUGGACUGGGAGCCAACCCCUUCACAAGACCCUCUUCCAGUUCCAACUUCACAUCAUAACACUUUGUCUCAUCAAUAUAGCACUACUCAAACCCCUAUUCGCGUCUCGCAACGCGUCCAAGCCAACUCUAAGACUCCUCAGGUGAACGCAGAGACAGCACCCACCACACCACCUUUGGCCCUGCUACUCUCGCCAAACGGAAAUUCACAGCCUUUGAACCUUCAAUGUUCUCCAACUCAGCCUCACCGUAAGACCCCCCCAAGCAAUGCCCUUUUUAAAUUGCAAAAGGCCAGAACUCCUCCUGAGGGUGGGCCACAGGGGUCAUCAAAUGGCAAUCAGAACAAGUCGGGGGGGUAUCUCCCAACGCAGGACGGUAAUACGGCCGUGAAGUCCGAUCGAAGAAUAGGCGCUACAUGGAGAUGCAGCGGCAUCUCAUCCAUCCCAUUACCCCAAGUCAUCCAUCGAACUCUCAAUUCCACUCCACGUAAGAGAAAUAUCGAGGCUGUUGGUGGCUACGAGCAGGGUGGUCGCGGGAAUCAACGUGAUCUAGAGCUAGAGACGGCUCAUGGAAAUUCCCUACCAGAAUCACCCGUAGACACGUCAAUGACUGACGCGCCUUCUUAUGAAGGCUCUUUACUUGGAAGCUCCCCGCUUGCAACGCGCUCAACUGCAGCGUCCCCUUUUGUGGGCCCUCGGCUCGUAAUCGAACCAGUUGCAGACAAUCCUUUUGCGGCCUCUCAGCGUGCAACUCACCCCGUUGCAGCGUCGCCAGUCGCAGCUUCACCAGUCACAGCGCGCUCAAUUUUACCUUCUUCUUCUCAAGCCUCUGGUGCCUCAGUUGCCCAAGUUUAUGUUCCUGAGGAUGCCGUCAUCUAUCAACCUGAAAAUCAACGUACUCCUAAACGUUUCCCUGGCACUUGGCGGCUGGCCCCAGCCACUACCCGUCAGCUGGCUAUACCACCAACUGAGCUAUUUCACAUGAGUGAAGCUGAUGCCAGCAUUGUUCGAGACCAAAUUGCGCUAAUGUCGGGUGCCCUGGUUGGGGAACCACGCACAUCAGCUCCAGGGAUGGUAGUUCCUCUUACCGAUGGCACCGUGAUACCUCCGAAUUUUCCGGAGCACGGCUAUGAUGAUGUCCUCACAUUCCUGCAACACGUUCUACGUCUACCUCCAUGGGUGAUAUAUGAGGUUUACUUCCCAACACUCAAAGCUAUGCGUUUCGCUUUCGAAACAGUUGGCAACAAAGCAAGUCGAACUUAUCGAGAGUUCGUCCAGGCCGCUGUUGAGGUCCAAGGGUGCGUAAAAAGAAGAGCCGUUGAGAUUUACGAUGGUGUGGUGCCCGAAUUUAUCCGGCGAAAAAUUCGACUGCGGCAGCCACGGCAACCACGGCAACAACAACAACAACAGAGCAGGAGUCGGCGCCACCUAUCUGAAAAUGAACGCCACCGCCAAAAAGCUCGUAAGUUUGGCAUGGGUAUUAAGAAGCCAACCCCUCAGCAUGCACAGGUCACCAUUUACGAAUAUGAAGAUUCCAACCUUUCUCCACGUACCAACCUUCCACCGUCUCAAAUGAUUAAGUCCUACAGACGCAGUGCCAAAAAGGAUGCUGUGGUGAAAGGCUCGAAGAUCCAAAAGAAGACACCUACCAGCAAAAUCAAAUUCCAGUCCAAGUCGACCGCUGGUCCACUUCCUUAUGUGCCUCUAGAUCGCCGGAACAAAAAUCCCGUCCCACGUCCUCUAAGAAAGGGCGUAUUCGUACCAGGAGCUUGGCCAAACGCAGUUCCGCGCAACGAAGCUGUCCUACGAGCUUUCCACGAAUCUUACCGAAAAUACACUUUUGCUGAAACCGGACACCUAGUUGACAAAUUGUCUCCUGAGGAGGAAGCAGCGGAAUUGGCUAGAUGUCAAGCUAUGUGUGAUCGAGGUGCCCAACGGACCAAAUCUGUCAAACUUUCUUCUUCUCCAGAGCCAGAGGAAAAGCUACCACUCCCACCGCUUCCACAACUUCCAGCAGUCCCUGAAGGUUUAACCACACUUGCUCCGUUGACCCCACCUCGACGAUCUCUUUCUCUAGGGACUCCAGCUACUUCCCUUGAAGCUAUUAUUUCUCAGCUCACUUCUCCUCAAGCUAUUCCUGCUCAUGCGGCAACUCCUCAACCGACUCCUGAUCAAACUCAAGCUCAAGUGACUCAAGUUCAAGCGACUCCUCAGCAGGCUCCAUCGCCACCACCCGGUGAACCAGUUGCCCAACCAGAAGCCACAGUGUUACAAGAACUUCAGGCAGAGUCAAAGGAGGCCCCACCAACUCCUGAUUACGAAGGAUAUCUGCCCAGCAAUGCUCAAGAGGCCGAGGAACGCCCAAACAAAGCUGUCCAAUGGCUCACGACAGAUUCGCCGAUGGGAAGGCCAGUCUCUUCAGUGCGAGCCUAUGAUCCUUUGUUCCCUAUAGUUCCUUCGGUUCAAGCGAUUUCAGAGGGCGCAGGUGCAGCUCUAGCGUCCAAAGACAGGGAAACCCUGGCAGACAAGUUGAUCCAGCGCAACCAGCUCUCUCCUCGAUCCCUAGAUGCCCCGUUCGUUAAACACCUGACAGCCGCGUGGGAAACUAAAGUUGACAGUGCGAUGGCGCACUCCGAUCACAGUAAGCUGGCCUCCACAUCACGUGGAGAGCCUAUUACUCGGAGGUCGCUUAACACUUGUUACAAGCUACGCACCUGGCUCAAUGACGAAGUAAUCAACGCAUAUCUUGCGUUGAUCGUCGACCAUGCACGUCGGGCUGCAGGGAAUUCUGGGAGGCAUGACAAGCCCAGGUACCACGCCUUCAGCACGUUUUUUUUCUCUAACCUUCGUGACAAAGGUUAUGAGAGCGUGCGGCGCUGGGCGAGUCGUGCCAAGAUCGGAGGGGGCGAGUUGUUGCGAGUGGAGACGGUUUUCGUCCCCAUCCACGACAGCGAACACUGGACCCUUAUGGUCGUAAGACCGGUUGCUCGAACGAUCGAGCAUUUUGACUCUCUCGGUUCGCCCUCCUUGGCCCACAUUGCAACGGUGAAGAAGUGGCUCCGGGGUGAGUUGGGCGAACUCUUCGUGGAAGAAGAGUGGCGGGUGCUGCCCUCCAUCUCCCCACAGCAAGAUAACGGCAGCGAUUGCGGGGUAUUCCUCCUGACGACCGCCAAAUUGGUGGCGUUAGGCAUGCCCCUGAAAUAUGGGGCUAGGGAUAUUCCCCAGAUCCGUAAAAGGAUCGUUGCCGAACUGAUAAACGGGGGGUUCGAUGGUGAUUUCGAUCCCAAGCUCGAGAUGGAUCCAGUUAAGUCGAUGCUAUAA